CCCUAAUGAUAGUCUUUUCGUCUCACCGGAGAGAUACACACAGAAACACUAUAGAGAGAAAGAGAGAGAGUUUGAGAAGAGAGAGAGAGAGAGAGAGAAAAAUAUAAUGGAUCAAGAAGAAUUAUUGGGAACGCUAAGAUACGCUGGUGAGGCGCAUGAUAAGGUUUCCGUUGACACUCUCAUGCUCCGGUACCGACCGAUAGCUCCAAAACCGACGACCGGUCAGCCAUGCGACAACAAGAACUCAUACGGUCUGAGUAAAAGAACCAAACGAAAGUACGUUAGGGUUUCAAAGAAUAACAACACCACGUGUCGAGGAAAGAACAGAUCUGACUUGUCUGAUCACCGGGAACAAACUGGAGUCGUGACACUUCAACUCAUGCCGGAAAAAUCAGAUCUCGCAGGCCACUACACGCCGUUAGACUUAGAUCCGAUGGUGAUGAAAACGAUAACCGGGGAGGAAACAAGAGAAACCAACACGUGGGCCUUGUUUAACGGCGGCGUCACGACGGAGGUGGAGACGUGGGUGACGGUUGAGUCCGUUACUGGCGUGUGUGACGGUAGCUCGAGUUCUCAUGCGGUGGAGUGUACGGACGUUGAGAUGGUUGAUACCUUAAGUAAAGACACGUGUCCAGCGUUUGUGUCUGAUGCCUCGAACCGGGUUGUUUGGGUGAACGAGGCUUACCGGAUAAAUGUUUCCGGUGAAGAUCCGUCGUCGUUGUCGUUGCCGGAAGUCACGGUGUGGUUGGUGAUGGAGGAGUGUUGUAAUAACUACAAAGCUUUCACGUGUAGGGUGAGGAUGCAGUACACGUGGCAAGAGACUAGGUACACUAAAACGGUGCCGUGUGAUGUGUGGAAAAUGGAGUUUGGUGGCUUUGCAUGGAGGCUAGACACAACAGCUGCUCUAACUCUCUGGCUUUGA